ACUCCUUUUCUCCAACCCUUACAUCUUGUAUAGUUUGACAGGAAGACGAAGUGAUGGUGUGUUAACCCUUCUUUCUCCCUUAAAUUGGCCUGACCUCAACCCCCUUGAUGGCUAAUCCAAAGCUCUCCACCCGUAUCAUCUAUAGCAAUCCUGUGACUGCCUCCCCUCUACCCAGCACAUUUCAAAUCCAUCUGGCUCCUACAGAUAACCAUUAACUUCUGAUGUAAAAACCAGUCUCUAUCACUCCUCAGAUACUAUAGUAUUACUUCUGAUGUAUCAUGUCUCUAGUAUAACAAUGUUCCAAGUUUAACCCAGAAUCUAACAGUCCCCCGUUUGGAACAUUUAACUCAGUACUGUUCAACAUUACAUACAAUUGGAAAUUACUUAAAUGGACAAAUAAAAAUAAAACAUGAUUAACAUUCCCAGUUAUGCUUAUGACCGCUGGUCUAUAUGCACACUCUUCAUCACACAACAGAAUGCCUUUCCAGCUGAAGUUGUUGGCUUCCUCUGCUUCAGCUGGAGCUGCUUUUAGUUUCUCCACUUUCUCCCUCUGAUUCCUAAGAGUGAUGGCACAAAACUUGCAAAGCAACGAGAAACACAAAACAUAACACUAUUAACAAUGUGGUAAGCUAUGCGUAAUUAUAUAUGCAUGAUACCCAAAGUCUGAGACAUGACAAUUCCAACUCUCUCUUCACCUGACUCUAUGCCUCUAGAAUACUUUUCUGCUGGAUUCCACAAAAAUGAAAGCCCUAAAAAGCCUCAUGUUUUCGCCCAGUCUUCGCCUUUACGGCCCCAGGUUCCGAGAGAUGUUUGCAAGCCAUGUUUUUUUCCCUUUGUUCCCCAUCUCCUCCAUUGCCACCUGAUAGGCACGUCACCUGACAGGCAAGUGCGUAUCCCUAAUCUACAUCCUCUUGAGGUAACUCAGCACUGUAUAUGCUUUCACAUCAAUGCCUUCAAAAUGUUGUUGAGAGUACAAUUACCCCCAACAUCUAUCCUUUCAUAUGAUGCAUUAACCAAAAAAAGCAGCUAACCCAACUAUGAUGUCAAAGUAGCUCCCAGACCCAACCCAUCUGCAUGUCUACAGUGGAAUCUAGUCUCUCUCGCUCCGCUUCCUCUGUCAUGGCGUCUUCAAGCUCACCCAUUAUGCAGCUGGACCUCACUUCCCGUGAGUACUGUGCACCCACCGAGGAGAGACAUGACUAUCUUUACUGCUGCAGGUGCUGUGAGGAGUACUGUGUGUGGACCAGAUCAACGCUGUCCCAACACCCCGCCUGGUGUAUCUUGAUGUACACUCACUCUCCGGAAUUCAGCCCCUGCCCGUGGUUAUCUCCUGCUCCUCGUGCUGCUUUCACCUGAGGACAUACACACUGCGACGCAUGGGUCAUUUCCUGACAACAUCGCCUCCCCCCUUAUGGUGUGUGAGGUACAGAGUUGUCAGGGUGACAACAGAGAGUCACAACGGCAUGGAAGUAAGGGUUCAAUUAACAUAAAGCAAGUAGUUUAUGAUAACGAUUACGACGAACACAUGGCAGAUGAGCCUAAAGAUGCCAAAACCAACCUUAUCGUCAAUUACCUGCCCCAAAACAUGAGCCAGGACGAGUUGCGGAGUCUCUUCAGCAGCAUCGGCGAGGUGGAGUCUGCCAAACUCAUCCGCGAUAAAGUGGCAGGUAAUCCCUAUCACAAAAACCAGAGCCACAGUUUAGGGUACGGAUUUGUUAACUAUGUUAACGCUAGUGAUGCAGAAAGGGCUAUCAAUACCCUCAAUGGGCUGAGACUACAGUCUAAAACUAUCAAGGUGUCCUUCGCCAGGCCGAGCUCUGACGGUAUUAAGGAUGCCAAUCUUUACAUUAGUGGGCUGCCCAAGACCAUGACACAGAAAGACGUGGAGGAUAUGUUCACACGCUAUGGCCAGAUCAUCAACUCACGUGUCUUGGUCGAUCAGGCCUCAGGCCUGUCCAGGGGUGUGGCCUUUAUCCGCUUUGACAAACGGGCUGAGGCGGAGGACGCCAUUAAAGACCUGAAUGGGCAGAAACCCCCUGGGGCCUCGGAGCCCAUCACAGUGAAGUUUGCUGCCAACCCCAACCAGGCCAAGAACUCCCAAGUCAUCAACCAACUCAACCACAACCAGGGUCGGCGCUUUGGGGGCCCAGUACACCACCAGGCCCAGAGAUUCAGGUUCUCUCCGAUGAGUGUAGACCACAUGAGCAGCAUGUCUACGGUCAGCGCUGAAGGGAACUCCACGGCCGGCUGGUGUAUCUUCAUUUACAACCUGGGCCAGGACGCUGACGAGGGCAUCCUGUGGCAGAUGUUCGGGCCCUUCGGAGCCGUCACCAACGUCAAGGUCAUCCGCGACUUCAACACCAAUAAGUGCAAAGGCUUCGGCUUCGUCACCAUGACCAACUACGAGGAGGCGGCCAUGGCCAUCGCCAGCCUCAACGGUUACCGGCUUGGAGACAAGAUACUGCAGGUUUCCUUCAAAACCAGCAAGGGGGGUCACAAGUAAACCGAAAAGGGUGAAGGGGUACUUGUUUUCCAUACUUAUUCCAUACAAUAAUAGAGGAGUGGGGGGGGGGACUAAAUGAGAUUGGAAAGGCUACACAUUUGUUCUUGCAAGGGGACAUCUCCUUGGUUCUUGUAAUAUAAUUUCUAGGCUAACUAUCACUUAAUUCUUUCUUAGUUAGUAGAAAAGUAGUGUCUUCUUGCUGUGACAUAAAAUUAACCUACGCCAUUGUUUUUUUGUUGCUGGGCACGGGGAGGGGUUCUGAAGUUUGCAGAAAGGUUGUUGUCCAAUUCUUGUGGCUUUUGUGUGUCUGUGUGCCACAUACAUGGUUGACGGUGACAAUACAAAAUCCUGCCAUGUCUAAUGGUUUGAUUCCUACCUGCUUGUAUUUUCUCAAUAUUUUACGUAGCCAUUUUAUCAUGAUCAGUAGUUCUGAUCCGUGCUAGGCCUUUCUACACGUGCUAGGUCUUUCUACGCUAAGUCUUUCUACACUUAUAUUCUGUAAUUUUUAACAAACGUCCUUUGCUAAAUCGACACCAGAGUAUUAGAUCAAGCAUGCCCUUCUCGAUGUGGAAGUGGGCAUGUGAUGGCAGUGCAUUUUAUUUUUAUUUUGAUAUUUUUUUUGAAAUCGAAAAGGUUUGAGAAAAGAUUGCUAUUUAAUGAGCGACCAAAGAGGGACAACUGGGUUGGGAAAAAGUGUGUGUAUAUAUUUCUUUUUUUCCCCCAUCAUGCCCUGUGACAUCUUUUAAUAUCUGAAAUGUAAAAGAAACCUCAAAGGUUUAAAUGAUUCAGUUGAUUAGAAGAUACUCUUCUGUCAACUGUAAUUUUGAUACAGUGCUUUGUUUCUUUCUGAUAUAAUUGAGUAUGAAAGCUGUACUUAGUCCUAUGUUUUUAUUUUAUUGAAACUGCCUUUCAUUGUCAACUUGUUUCCCGUGAUCUUUUUUUAGUCUUUCCAGUAACAUUUUUGUAGUGGAAAUUUUUGUUUGAUCCUGUUUUUUUAAAAGUUACACCUUGCUUUUAAUUUGGGUCAUUGAAUUUGAAAGUUACAUAAACAUGACUAAAUACCAUUGGCUUCAGUAUGUGUCCAUAAUUUACCUCUUAAUUUGAAUUGGAAAGCCCUGUCUGGGCAUACCCUGCUUGGUUCAGUUCAUUUGAAUUGGAAAGCCCUGUCUGGGCAUACCCUGCUUGGUUCAGUUCAUUUGAAUUGGAAAGCCCUGUCUGGGCAUACCUUGCUUGGUUCAGUUAAUUUGAAUUGGAAAGCCCUGUCUGGGCAUACCCUGCUUGGUUCAGUUAAUUUGAAACUAAUCAAGGUACUGCAGGAGGUUGUUUAUGGGGUUUCUUGUAUGCUAUUAUUUCCUCACGAGGCCAAAUGAUGGGGUCCUGGAAGGGGAGCUCAGAAAAAAUGUAUGUUUUGGUCUUUCGCUGAGGAAUGAAACCUUUUUGGUAACAGCUGAUAAUAUCCCCAUUCUCAAAUAAUAAAACACUUCUCCAUGUGAGAAGUUAAAGCUA